AUGUCUGAUUCGACGGUGGCACAGGCAAGCAACCAGAUGUAUACCCUUCCAGCACACGCUCCAAAUGACGUGUCUGACCUCAAACUAAGUUCCCAAGAAGACUCAACUCCCGAAGACCAUACGUCUUCUACCUUGAAAGAAGACGUCGAAGCAAGUAACAUUAUUAAAAAAGAAGUAGACACCAACAAGAGCAACAUAAAGAAUGCCAACGGUUCACAUUCGAAUAGUGAAAAUGGCUCGAUUGGCGCAGAGAGACUGAAAUCACAUACUAUAAGUCUGGUUUCACGAUUAAGCUCUCACAAAGAAAGACACACAAUUAACCCCAAAGAACACAUCCAACGCAGAAGCCACCAAGAAGGUUCAACUAAGGCUUCUCGAAGUCCUCUCCCAUCUCUCCUGAAAAGCCUCCAGGGUGUUGUUGGGCCGCCUGAAUCAUUAAAUAUUGAUUCAAAUGCCGACAGACGCCCAUUUCAAAAUGGCAAUGAAAAAUUUGACUACAGCCAGACUCUGUCUUUUUCAGGAGAAAUUACUCGAUCCAACAGCGGAUUUACCUCCUCUUCGAGUACGGGAAUCCAACAAGUCCCUUCAGUCAACAAUAUGAUCCAACAGACCAUGAAUCCUUCCAUUUCCUCGUCACAGUUCAAGUUCAAAUCAGUUGAUGCCAAUAAGCUAGCACCUCAAGACAAUUUUAGAGAUGUACAUGUCAAUAAUGGCAUACAAACAGUAUUCUUACCCUUUGGAAGAACAGGAACAGGACAUCCUCAAACCCAGUCCAGUAUUAAUCCUCCAACGUUUGCAACUGCCAAAACAAGUAUCAAUAUCAAUAAUUCGUUUCUUCCACUUCCACUUUCGUACCCGAAUGCACCAACCUCAACAAACCAGAUCCUGAAUGCUCAAACGCCUUCCCAUAUACCAUUGAUGCAAAUGCAAGAACCCCGGGCAAGAUCGUCGUUUAAUUCACCUCAUGUAUCCCCCGUUGGAAGUCAAAUGGGAUCUCGAUCGCCUUCCCUACCUGCUAUGCAACAACAGCCCUACUCAGGAGCCCCUCAACCACAAGAACAAAAGACUUACCAGUUGAACUUUAGAUUGGAAUCCAACUCAAUGGAAGUAAACCGAAAACCCAAAGCAAAAGUUAAUGACGACGACUCCAAGUUCAAACCCUACAAUUGCUCGUAUCCCAAUUGUGAGUGGUCUUUUGCCAGGCAAAGUGACCUUAGAAGACACACCAAAUCCCACGCUGCUCCUCUGUAUCAUUGUCCAUACUGGGAAAAUGAUCAGACUUGUCAUAGAAAUGGAGGUUCCUUCACUCGACUUGAUGUCCUUAAAAGACACUUGAGAUUGGUCCAUUAUAUAAGAGACAAGCAAUUGGGUCCCAGCAUCUCCAAGGAUGAUUCAGGCUGGUGUCGUUCUUGCCAGAGAAUGUUCCCAAACUCAAAAGUGUUUAUUGAACAUUGUUCCGAAUGUGCUGAGCAGUUGGGACCAAGUAAAUGGAGUCAAAUACGGCAGAUGUCACCAUCAUCCCAGAAUCAACCACAUGUCCUGCACCUUCAACAACCACAACACCCACCUCAGCAUCAGCAACAUCCUCAGCACCAGCCGAUGCAACAACAUGCACCUCCACACUCGGAUUCUCAAGUAGGUUCCCAAUUGGGCCAACCCUCCGAAUCUGAGUUGUCCUAUUUAAGAGAGUCAUCGGUGAUAUUUGAUCCAAAUUCAAACCUUAUAACGUUGUCGUCAGUUAUUAACGACUUUGAAAGUUCGGGUCGCCCAAACAAAUAA